AUGCAAUACGAACAAGAACCGAUUCUUUUAGAACCAAGAGAACAUUUUGGUAUCGUGAAAUCUCAAUCAAAACAACAGCAUCAGACGUGGUACUCAACCAAAGUGCGCAGCAUCUGGAUUACCGUUUUGUUGAUGUUAUGUAUCAUUAGUGGUAUCAUGGUUGCAUAUCAUAGCUACAGCAAGAAUAAGGUAGGGAAGACAGUGCUCGAAUUGAAAUCAUAUACCCGCGCGCGAUACAAACCCGAAUUGCCGAAAAAUAUCGGUUAUAUGGAUAUAUAUAUUCGUAAACCCACUUCGGAUGGUAGUCUACAACCGUUCAGACGAUUUCAUUUUCCAGCUGUUUGUUAUCGACAUCGUGAUUUUCCAUUGAGCGGUCGAUUUAUAAAUCCCAUGCCAUGGACUAAUAUCUACUUUGAGCGACGCAGUCGGCAAACAGUCAUCUAUUCUUCAAAGGGCAAUGUUUGUGUUUUGCCAUCAUUAAUCAAUGAUUACGAUGAAAUUUACUCAGUCGCUGAACUCAUUGCAGCUGGUUAUGCUAGUUUAGCUAGAAGUGGGGGAAAACCACUUCGUGCCAUCGAUGUGACAUUUUAUUUUAAAUCAAUGCCAUUGACGGAUCCCGAUGUGCCACAAGUUGAUGAUUUCACAGGUGUUUUUAACGAUAGAGUCUACACGCGAUAUGGCUCAUUUCCUUCUGGUAAACGGAAGGAUCAUGUUGGUAUAUAUUCAACAACUGAAUCAGAAGAUGAAGAUAUAUACGAUCCGUCUCGAAAUUAUUAUUAUAGAUCACGAAAACCGUACUCACAGUAUACAAAGACUGGUAUAACAAGAGUUACAACGACGACAACGCUUACUACAACUUCUGAACCUGUACGCACUGGUAUCACCAAAAUCGUUAUCAACCCAACAACGAAUGCCAUUGCACCUAGUGAAAAUCCAACGUUUGGUGGAACAACAUUUGGUACUGUGGGCAUGUACGAGAAACUUCGAGGUAUCGCUUAUGGACAACUGGAUCCGUACGACAUACAUAACAGCAUAAUUACGGAUUUAAAACUCGCUCCUCGUAACAAGAACGGAAUGGUUGAAUACUCAACAGAUUUUUAUAUACUCAAACCAGUCAACCUAACCAAUGGCAACCAUAAGCUGUUCUUUGAAGUCAAUAAUCGUGGUGGUAAACUGUUCGGUUCAUUUGCUCAAUCAUCCGGUGGUAACAAUCCAACUACCGCCAGUGACGCUGGCCAAGCUUUUCUAAUGAACCAAGGCUACACUAUGGCUUGGUGUGGUUGGGAUCCNCUUACUCACAAUGCACCGACGGAUAUAACUAUGCAAUACGAACAAGAACCGAUUCUUUUAGAACCAAGAGAACAUUUUGGUAUCGUGAAAUCUCAAUCAAAACAACAGCAUCAGACGUGGCACUCAGCAAAAGUGCGCAACAUCUGGAUUACUGUUUUGUUGAUGUUAUGUAUCAUUAGUGGUAUCAUAGUUGCAUAUCAUAGCUACAGCAAGAAUAAGGUAGGGGAGACAGUGCUCGAAUUGAAAUCAUAUACCCGAUACAAACCCGAAUUGCCGAAAAAUAUCGGUUAUAUGAAUAUAUAUAUUCGUAAACCCACUUCGGAUAGUAGUCUACAACCGUUCAGACGAUUUCAUUUUCCAGCUGUUUGUUAUCGACAUCGUGAUUUUCCAUUGAGCGGUCGAUUUAUAAAUCUCAUGCCAUGGACUAAUAUCUACUUUGAGCGACGCAGUCGGCAAACAAUCAUCUAUUCUUCAAAGGGGAAUGUUUGUGUUUUGCCAUCAUUAAUCAAUGAUUACGAUGAAAUUUACUCAGUUGCUGAACUCAUUGCAGCUGGUUAUGCUAGUUUAGCUAGAAGUGGGGGAAAACCACUUCGUGCCAUCGAUGUGACAUUUUAUUUUAAACCAACACCAUUGACGGGUCCCGAUGUGCCACAAGUUGAUGAUUUCACAGGUGCUUUUGACGAUGGAGUCUACACACGAUAUGGCUCAUUUCUUACUGGUAAACGGAAGGAUCAUGUUGGUAUAUAUUCAACGAUUGAAUCAGAAGAUGAAGAUAUAUACGAUUCGUCUCGAAAUCAUUAUUAUAGAUCACGAAAACCGCACUCACAGCAUACAAUAGAGACUGAUAUAACAAGAGUUACAACGCUUACUACAACUUCUGAACCCGUACACACUGGUAUCACCAAAAUUGUUAUCAACCCAACAACGAAUGCCAUUGCACCUAGUGAAAAUCCAACGUUUGGUGGAACAACAUUUGGUACUGUGGGCAUGUACGAGAAAGUUCGAGGUAUCGCUUAUGGACAACUGGAUCCGUACGACAUACAUAAUAGCAUAAUUACGGAUUUAAAACUCGCUCCCCGUAACAAGAACGGCAUGGUUGAAUACUCAACUGAUUUUUAUAUACUUAAACCAGUCAACCUAACCAAUGGCAACCAUAAACUGUUCUUUGAAGUCAAUAAUCGUGGUAGUAAACUGUUCGGUUCAUUUGCUCAAUCAUCCGGUGGUAACAAUCCAACUACCGCCAGUGACGCUGGCCAAGCUUUUCUAAUGAACCAAGGCUACACUAUGGCUUGGUGUGGUUGGGAUCCNAACGGAAUGGUUGAAUACUCAACAGAUUUUUAUAUACUCAAACCAGUCAACCUAACCAAUGGCAACCAUAAGCUGUUCUUUGAAGUCAAUAAUCGUGGUGGUAAACUGUUCGGUUCAUUUGCUCAAUCAUCCGGUGGUAACAAUCCAACUACCGCCAGUGACGCUGGCCAAGCUUUUCUAAUGAACCAAGGCUACACUAUGGCUUGGUGUGGUUGGGAUCCAAGUGUGUCUCCAACCGGUAGCCCAGAUCUUUUGCGAAUCUAUUUACCUAUUGUCACGAAUGCCGAUGAUACUUCAAUUACUGGUCCUGGUUACGAAUAUAUUGUCCUUGACAAUUCAGUUACCACAUCUUACAUGACUGCAUAUCGCACUGUUAGUACUGAUACAACUAAAGCAAAGUUGACAGUAAAAGAUCAUUUAACUGAUGCACCGAUAACUAUUUCACCUACUGACUGGAUGUGGACUAGCGACAACACAAUUUCACUUUUACCUCUCAAUACAACAUUUAAACAAAGUUCGAUCUAUGAACUAGUGUAUACAGCCAAAGAUCCCUAUGUAGCCGGUAUUGGUUUCGCUGCAACCCGAGAUUUUGUGUCUUUCUUGCGCAGUUCAAGAGGCGAUAACCCAUUGGCUGGUGACGUUACUCGAGUACUAUCCUGGAGUCUUUCUCAGCCAGCACGGUACAUGAAUGACUUCAUCUGGUUGGGCUUUAACGAGGAUUUAGAAAAGAAACAUGUGUUCGAUGGAGUGUUUAAUUGGAUCGGAGCUGGCAACGGAAUAGGUCUGAACUAUCGUUUUGCCCAGUCAGCACGUACAGAACGCAAUCGACAGAAUCAUCUUUAUCCCGAGGCGCCCUUCCCAUUUUCUUAUACAACUCUAACCGACUCUGGUAUGCAUAAAACUGAUGGUCGUAAUAUGCGAUGCACAAAGACAAAUACAUGUCCAAAGAUCAUGAAUAUUAUUUCAUCAAACGAAUACUGGGUCAAAGCUGGUUCAUUGUUACAUUCUAGUAUUGAAGGUUACGAUAUCCCUACGCCAUCGAAUGUUCACAAUUACUUAAUAUCCGGCACUCAGCAUGGAGGGGCAGCAGCUGCUAACUCUCGUGGCAUCUGUCAACAAUUCGGUAACACAGUAGAUGCAAACCCUGUACUUCGAGCACUUUAUGUCGCGCUCGAUCAAUGGAUUGAUGGUACCAAUCCACCUGCUAGUAGAGUUCCUAAUCAUAGCGAUAAAACCGCAGUGUUGUCUAGUACAACGGAAAAUUCUCAUCUCGGCAUUGGUAUUAUAUCACAAACGGCGUUAAAUUGGCCAACAAUUCCAAAUGUUCUGUAUACAGGCCUAGUGACAGUGCGUAAUCGCUUCGACUUUGGACCUAAAUUUAGUAGAGGGAUCAUCACGAUUGCUCCACCUAAGUCUGUAGGUGUUUAUUAUUCUUCUUUCGUUUCAAAGCUUGAUGCAGAUGGCAAUGAAUUGGCUGGUAUACGCCUUCCACCUGUAUCUGUACCAGUUGCAACAUAUACCGGGUGGAAUUUACGAAGUGCAGCGUUUGGUGGCAAUGAUGGAUGUGAAUCAACUGGUUCAACGAUACCAUUUGCGCCCGACAAAGCUACACGAAUGGCUAAAGGAGAUAGUCGCUUAUCGUUGACUGAGCGUUAUGGUACUCGAAGUAACUAUGAAAAGGCUGUGGCUGCAGCAGCCAAUGAACUUGCUAAGCAACGCUUACUACUUCCUGCCGAUGUUCAAGCGUAUAUUACUGCCUCACAACAAACUAUUCAAGUUAUCAACAGUCCAACAUAUGGAAAUUAUACGUGUAACUAUGAAAAGGCUGUGGCUGCAGCAGCCAAUGAACUUGCUAAGCAACGCUUACUACUUCCUGCCGAUGUUCAAGCGUAUAUUACUGCCUCACAACAAACUAUUCAAGUUAUCAACAGUCCAACAUAUGGAAAUUAUACGUGGUAA